CGAACAUUCAACCUCAUGAUUUCUCGUUUCAAGAUGGUAGCGCUUGGAUCACCCCAAGACAUACUUUUUAUCUAUUCCUGAGUUCCUACCCAAGCUCUGCAAACUCUAUUUAAACCAGCACUUUGACUCUAAAAUGGCUCCUUCAUGGCUCGAAAAGUUCAUUGUCCGCGUGGACGCAACCCCAGACCCUCGACGAAGCGCGGAAAAGCCUGCGCUGGAAAUGCACUACACCGCUCUUGUCGGACACCGCCGAAUUUUGGGAAUUAAAGGCGAAAAAGAACCUCGCUACGAAGUCACACGACGAGCUGUUCUGGAAAUCUGGGGAGACAAAUGCUACGUCAAAUCUCUCAGUCAGAAUGCGGAGGUAGCCAUGAUGGACUUUCACAGCCUCCCUCCCAAGACGGAGGUCAACUUCUCACAGAACGGCCGCAGCAUCACUAUGAAGGGGGCUGAAGGAAAGUUUACUGCGGGUGGUGGUCUUGGCGAAGUGCAUUGGAAGCCGACGGGAAUGGUUGCUUACGGCAAAGCUUCAUGGGAGCUGAGGGACAAUACGAGCCUUAUGAUGUCAGUUACCAUUGAUGAUCAACAGAUCAACGGAGUGAUUAGUCUCUGGAAGAGCGGUCUCGCCCCAGAGGUGGAAGAGGAGUUGGUCGUGGUCGGAAUUUCCAAGAUCGAAGAGUAUCGAAGACUGAUCAGGAAUUCCAAGGUGUCUGCCGUGGGUGCCGUUUCGAAUGCCUCUUGGCUAGCAGUCUAGAAAGAUUAGCUAAAAUGACCAACUCUGGGGAAUGGAUGACAAUAGAACUUCGGUUCAGCUUGGCAUGGGGCUGUGGUAGGACUCUCUUCUGUGUUCUUCGUAUCGAUAUCUCUUGAUGACACCCUAGAACAGAAUCAAGCAACCUAAGACAUUGUCCAGGAAUAGAUCUUUGCCUUUUCGCGCGGGACUUUAAAGUCCAAAGUCGAAUAAAUACAAGUAUAUUGAUCACAUAAAGCAG